AUGUAUCGUAGGAGAGGCGGUUAUUCGCCUCUAUCUUGGUUGGAGCCGUUACGCUAUUCGCGGUUGAUAAUGGAGGAACAACGUUACGAGGUAAUGCAUGUGCUUGGUUCUGGCAACUUUGCCGUGACUAAGUUGGCCAAAAACAUCAAAACCGGAGAACUUGUUGCUAUCAAGUACAUUCAAAGAGGAGAGAAGAUUGAUGAGAAUGUUGAAAGGGAGAUAAUUAAUCAUAGAUCUUUAAACCAUCCACAUAUCAUCAAUUUCAAAGAGUUAUUUGUGACACCCUCUCAUUUGGCGAUUGUCCUUGAGUAUGCUGAUGGUGGUGAACUAUUUCAUAGGAUAGCCUCUAACAUUAUCCCUAAGGGUCGCAUUACUGAAAAGGAGGCAAGAUAUUUCUUCCAGCAACUAAUAUCUGGAGUCCAGUACAUGCAUUCCAUGCAAAUUUGUCAUAGGGAUUUGAAAUUGGAGAACACUCUAUUGGAUGGAAAUCCAAGAACUCCUCAACUCAAAAUUUGUGACUUUGGUUAUUCUAAGUCUACUUUGCUGCACUCUCGACCCAAAUUAGUGGUUGGAACUCCUGCAUACAUUGCACCAGAGAUUUUAUCUAGACAGGAGUAUGAUGGAAAGCCUGCGGAUGUUUGGUCAUGUGGUGUUAUUCUUUAUGUCAUGCUAGUUGGAUCAUACCCAUUUCAAGAUCCAGAAGAUCCUAAAAAUUUCAGAAAGAUUAUUAAGAAAAUAAUGGAUGUUCAAUACUCCAUACCUGGCUAUGCAUGUAUAUCUGCAGACUGUAGGCAUCUCCUCUCUAGGAUUUUUGUUGCCAAUCCAGCUAAGAGGAUCACGAUCCCAGAGAUACAACAACACUCUUGGUUUUUGAGAUACAUGCCUAGAGAAACUGUUGAACCUGGUAAAAAAUGUUACCAAGAAACAAAAAAUGAUGAAUUACCUAGGCAACAAAGCGUAGAAGAAAUCAUGCAGCUUCUACAAGAAGCAAGAACAACAUAUGUUGCUAAUGUUGAUGGGAAUGUUGAAGAGAAAGUUGUUGAUGUUAAUGGUGAUUUUGUGAAAGUGGAACUUGUGUGA